AUGGCCCCCGCGACCCACGCCUCCGAGUUCCCCUCGAACCCCGACGCGGGCAAGCACCAGAUCAACCUCAUCCGCGGCUGGCCCAACCCCUCCCUCCUCCCCACCGACCUCCUCUCCUCGGCCGCCCAGCGCAACCUUGCCGACCCCUCCAUCUACGUCCCCGCGCUGCAAUACGGCGCCGACGCCGGCUACCAGCCCCUGCGCGAAGCCCUGGCCACAUGGCUGUCGGAGCACUACCGCGUCGAGCGGGACCCGGAGCGCAUCUGCAUCUCGGGCGGCGCCAGCCAGAACGUUGCCUGCAUCCUGCAGAGCUUCACCGAUCCCAACGUCACCCAGGCCGUGUGGUGCGUUGCGCCGUGCUACCACCUCGUCUUUCAGAUCUUUCGCGAUGCUGGCUUCGAGGGGCGGUUGAAGGCGUUUCCCGAGGAUGAGGAGGGCGUUGACAUCGAGGCGUUGGAGGCGAAGCUCGCCAAGUUUGAGGAGAACCCACCAGAGGCCAAGCCUCGCUUCAGCGACCCAGGACAGUAUCGCAAGCAUUACCGCCACAUCAUCUACGUCGUGCCGACAUGCUCAAACCCAUCCGGCAAGACAAUGUCCCUGCGCCGCCGCGAGGCCCUCGUGCGGGUGGCGCGCAAGUACGACGCCCUCAUCAUCUGCGACGACGUCUACGACUUUCUCCAGUGGCGCAUCGACAGCGACCCAGCCAAGAUCGCCGAACACCUGGGUCCGAAUGAGCACCCGGAUAUGCUGCUCCCGCGGCUGUGCGACAUUGACCUCGCCAUGGGCCAGGCGGAGAAUGAUCCCCAGGGGUUCGGACACGCUGUGAGCAAUGGUUCCUUCAGUAAGCUUGUCGGACCUGGUGUGAGGACUGGCUGGCUUGAGGGUUCGCCUGCGUUUGCUCGGGGUCUGUCGCAGACGGGAGCAACUCAAUCGGGGGGCUCACCGAGCCAGUUCUGCGCCUCCAUGAUGGCCGACUUGGUCCAGUCAGGUGCUCUCCAGGAGCGCCUCGCCACGACACUACGGCCCAGACUGCAACAUCGACACCGCGUUCUGAUGCAGGCGAUUCACAAACACCUGGCCCCUCUCGGUGUUGGAAUCCGUGAGGCUGGGCUUGUCGAUGGGAGUGUGUACGGCGGCUACUUUGUAUGGCUAACGCUUGGCCCUGGCGUGUCUUCAAAGUUGGUAGCUGAUGCUGCCAUCGCCGAGGAGAACCUGGUUGUCGGAAACGGUACCAUGUUCCAAAUACGUGGCGAAGAAACCUGUGCGAACCUCAACAGCGCCGUCCGGUUAACGUUUUCCUACGUUCCUGAAGAAGACCUAGUUGAAGGCGUUGAAAGGCUGGCGGCAGUGCUGCAGAGGGUAAAAGCUGAUCCAGCCAAAUACGAGGCGUUGAACGGAGAAACCGACGCUGUGAAAGCCCAUAAAUAUGUUUAA